AUGCCGUGUUAUUUUGCCAUCAUAGGAUCCAGAGAUAAUCCCAUCUACGAGGCUGAAUUUACCUCACCUCACUUGAACUCCUUUCCAUCGGAAUUGAAGGAGUUGAAUCCCUUCAUAUUACACGCUUCACUAGACAUAAUAGAAGACCUUCAAUGGCAAAGUAAUCCACAAUCUGGUGUUGGCACUAACACCUCGGGAGGUUUCUUACGAUCGAGGCAUAGUAAUAACAAUGAUAAUUGUUACUUGAGUAAAAUCGAUCAUUUUUAUGGGCUUGCUAUUACGGGCUAUCUAUCCUACGGUAAUAUGAAAUUCGUGAUGAUACAUAGUAACAGUGCGGGAAAUGGAGGCACAACUCAAAUAGAUGACCCGCAAGUUAGGGCAUUUUACCAAGAAGUGCAUGAGCUGUAUGUUAAGGCUUUAUUGAACCCCUUUUACAAGUUAAAUGAUCCCAUAACAAGUCCUGUGUUUGAUUCAAAAGUGAGAUCCUUGGCCAAGAAGUAUUUAACCAAAUAA